CGAGAGAGGAAGAAAGAGAGAAAAACUAAGAUGGAUUCAGAUUUCAUGUCUUUGAUUCUUGCACUCUUACAACUUAUGUUUUCGUGUUUUGGUUUUCUUAAAAGAGAGAAUGCAUGGUACUAUGGUAUCAAGCUGGGAGAAAAUUAGAAGCAUAAUCUUCCUCCAGGAGAUAUGGAUGGUCUUUGAUAGGGAACAUGUGGUCUUUUCUCGAAGCCUUCAAAUCCCAAAACCCUGAAACCUUCAUCUACAACUUGGUUAGCAGAUAUGGUCGAACUGGGAUAUAUACGAUCCACAUAUUCUGGAGUCCAGGAGUCAUAGUCUUUACUGCAGAAAUCUUCAAGAAGGUAUUUGAUGAGACAAUGCGUAUGGCAAGUCUUUUCUUAUGCAUUUUCAGAGAGGCAAAAGUUUAUGUUAACAUCAAUGGUUAUUUGGUGCCAAAAGGCUGGAAGGUUUUGGUUUGGAACAGAGGACUUCACAUGGACCCUGAAAAUUAUCCCAGUCCACAAGUCUUCAGUCCUUCAAGUAGGGAUAAUCAAAGACCCAAAGCUGGAUCCUUUAUUCCUUUUGGAGCAGGAACCAGGAUUUGCCCUGGAGCUGAUUUGGCCAAGCUUCAAACCUUCAUUUUUCUCCAUUAUUUUCUACUUAACUACGAACUUGAACGAGUUAAUCCUAGAGGCCCAACUGAGUACUUCCGUACACCUAGUCCUGCAGACAACUGCCUAGCAAAAGUCACCAGGCUGCCAUAAAUCCUCCUCUCUUGCUUUAUCCUUUGUUCACUUCACAAAGUUCACUAGCAAUAAGCAUAUUGUAAGACAAUAAAUCAUGCAUUGCGUCAUCAAGCUGCCAUGAUCCUUGCUUUCUUGCUCUAUGUUGUGUGCAUAAGCCUUGUAACUUUAACAUCAAAAUGAUAUUGUAAGAAAAUAAAACCUUUCCUUUGAU